GGGCAGUGACCAUGGCUACAGCAGGACCCCUCUGGAGGUGGACAGUCGGUGCCCUGAUCACAGUUCUGCUUCUGAGGGUGACAGAGCCUGUUCUUGCAAAUAACGGAGCUUCCUGCGACAACUCCCCUGCCGUGGAGACCUCUGGGAGCACCCAGCACCUCGAAGCUGGGGCCAGAGAGGGCACCCGGGAGAACGAUAGCAGCCGCAUUGUCAAUGGGACCGACUGCGACCGGAACUCCCAGCCGUGGCAGGCGGCGCUGCUGCUAAAACCCAACCAGCUCUACUGUGGGGCGGUGUUGGUGGACCCACGUUGGCUACUCACCGCCGCCCACUGCCGGAAGAAACUUUUCAAAAUCCGUCUCGGCCACCAUUCCCUGUCACCCGCAUAUGAACAUGGGCAGCAGCUGUUCCAAGGGAUCAAAUCCAUCCCCCACCCUGGCUUCUCCCACCCCGGCCACUCCAAUGAUCUGAUGCUCAUCAAACUGAACCGAAGAAUCCUCGAUAGUCAGAAUGUCAGGCCUGUCAACAUCUCCUCCCACUGUCCAAGUGUUGGGACCAGCUGCUUGGUGUCCGGCUGGGGAACAACCAGCAGUCCCCAAGUGAACUUCCCCAAGGUCCUCCAGUGCUUGAACAUCACCGUGCUCAGUCACGAAAGGUGCAAGGAGGCCUACCCAGGACAGAUAGAUGCCACCAUGUUCUGUGCUGGCGACGAAGCAGGCAGAGACUCCUGCCAGGGUGAUUCUGGGGGCCCCGUGGUCUGCAACGGCACCCUACAGGGCCUCGUAUCCUGGGGAGACUUUCCCUGCGCUCAGCCCAACAAACCCGGUGUCUAUACCAACCUCUGCAAGUUCACCAAGUGGAUCCAGGACACCAUCCGCGCCAACUCAUGA